UGGAAUUAGCACAGUAUAGCCAUCCAUUGGCUAUGUAUUAUUCUUUUUUGCCUUUCUCUUCUUUUUCCUGUGAAUUGUUUGUAUUUAACUGGUACUACUGGUACUACUAUAGUUUGUUCUGGGAAGAAUUUAUCUUGUAUUUACCUUCUGUUCUUCCUCUUUCUCUUUCUCUCUCCUUCUCACUCUAGGCUAGCUCUUUCUUGAUCUCUCUCUCUCUUUUUUUUUUCUUUUGAGACGGAGUUUUGCCCUUGUUGCUCAGGCUGGAAUGCAAUGGUGUGAUCUUGGCUUACUGCAACCUCCGCCUCCCAGAUUCAAGCAAUUCUCCUGCCUCAGCCUCCUGAGUAGCUGGAAUCACAGGCAUGUACCACCACAUCCGGCUAAUUUUGUAUUUUUAGUAGAGAUGGGUUUCACCAUGUUGGCCAGGCUGGUCUCGAACUCCUGACCUCAGGUGAUCCACCUGCCUGGGCCUCCCAAAGUGCUGGGAUUACAGGCAUGAGCCACUGCACCAUGAGGUCUUUUAACAAAGCACUCAAGUACACUUUUAUGCACACUGAUGUUUGAGAUAGCAUCUAUGGCUGAUGCUGUCUCAGCUCGCAGCCUUCCCACCCCAACUUAGGAAAAAGGAAUGGAGGAUACCCCUUUCUCUGGGAUGAGAGGGGAGAGAGGAAGGAUACUAAGAGUCACCUUCUGCUGAGGUGAGGAGGGUGGAGGUAUGAAAACGCAAUAGUGCAUCAGCCAUGGUUGGAUAAGAAAGCCUGAGUAGUUUUGAAGAUGCAAAAGAGUUAUAAAUGUUCUUUUCAGAACCAAUGAGCAUUUUCAUGAGAAUUUCUCCAACAGGACAAGAGAAAAGAGUGGGGUAACUAUGCCUAGGGAUUGAACUGUUGGCUCUGAACAAGUGAUGGUUGUUGGGGCUCAGAAACUGAUACCCCAAAAUAUGGCAUUUUGACAUUCCAAACUGAAAAAGCCUCUAGGUGUCUCUGACAUUCUCCCAUCCCACCUUCUCUUUCAAAGCCUUUGUCUACCAAAGAUCCAGACCCAUCAGGGGAAAGAAUUGUUUUUGCUUCCCCUCCCUGUAAGACCAGGAAUGUGGCCACACCUGAACAGACCCUUUUACUGGUUAAUCUCUGUUCCCCAUCUAUUUUCCUUGGUAAUCCCAGCAGAAUUCUUUUUCUGCCCCCCCACUCCCAUAGCCUGUUUUGCUGGGGGUAGUUAAGCUCCUGAGUUAUUUGAGGGGUAGGUGAACACUGUCAUUCUACUUGUGUACAUGUUAAUAAAACUUGUAUGCCCUUUUUCCAAUUGAUUGACUUUUGUGAGUUGAUUUUUCAGCAAAACUUCAGAUGGCAAAGGGGAAGAUUUCCUUUGGCCUCUAUGUAGGAAACGGGGACCCCAGGGUGUUCAUGGGAGUAUUGCUGAAAUUGGGUUCUUGAGGUCCCAUCUGGCUAAGGAGCCUAUGAAGCAAUGGGAAAGAUAGAGUGAGGAGAAGUCAAGGAACCACCUAUAAUGAGGAUAAAGGGCAGGAUCUAUAAGAAUAAGGAAGUGGAGAAGUGAGUAAAUAGAAAGGCUAUAGUCCGAGAUUUGGAAGGCUUGAUCUUAUAGGUGGAGUAUUUCCAGCUAGUGAUAAUGUGCAGGGCGUGGUGCUUGUGUGUGGUUGGAGUGUAGUGAAGGUGAAACCCUCACAUACAGAAGGAAGUCUCUGAGCUGUGCCUUUGGGUAUUACCAAGGUCAUCCACCUUCUUCCUGAAGCUACCCAGCAGAGGCAGGCCUGGGAGGAAUGCAGCAAAUGUGGCAAGAAAGGAAAAGUCCUGGAGGUCAAGAGAUGAACAGCAAGGUGGAUGGAAGUUUGCUUAGUUGAAGAAUUGCCACCAACCACUGAACUGGAAGAAGGGCUUCGAAAUGGAGUUUACCUUGCAAAGUUAGCCAAGUUCUUUGCCCCGAAAAUGGUAUCAGAGAAAAAGAUCUAUGAUGUGGAACAAACACGUUAUAAGAAGUCCGGCCUUCAUUUUCGACACACUGAUAAUACCGUCCAGUGGUUAAGAGCAAUGGAGUCUAUCGGUCUACCCAAGAUAUUUUAUCCAGAAACAACAGAUGUCUAUGAUCGGAAAAACAUACCAAGAAUGAUAUAUUGCAUUCACGCACUGAGUUUAUAUCUGUUCAAACUUGGAAUAGCACCCCAGAUCCAGGAUUUGUUGGGCAAAGUAGACUUCACAGAGGAGGAAAUCAGUAAUAUGAGAAAAGAACUUGAAAAAUAUGGAAUACAGAUGCCAUCUUUCAGCAAAAUAGGCGGUAUUCUGGCCAAUGAACUCUCCGUGGAUGAAGCUGCAUUACAUGCUGCAGUUAUAGCCAUUAAUGAAGCUGUUGAAAAAGGAAUAGCAGAGCACACCAUUGUAACACUAAGAAACCCAAAUGCAGUGUUAACUUUAGUGGAUGACAACCUUGCACCUGAAUAUCAGAAAGAACUCUGGGAUGCCAAAAAGAAAAAAGAGGAAAGUGCAAGACUGAAGAAUAGCUGCAUUUCAGAAGAAGAAAGAGAUGUUUAUGAAGAACUGCUGACACAAGCAGAAAUCCAAGGCAAUAUUAAUAAAGUCAACAGGCAGGCUGCAGUGGAGCAUAUCAAUGCUGUCAUUCCGGAAGGUGACCCUGAGAAUACGCUGCUUGCCCUGAAGAAACCAGAGGCCCAGCUGCCUGCUGUUUAUCCCUUUGCUGCUGCCAUGUAUCAGAACGAACUUUUCAACCUCCAGAAACAGAAUGCCAUGAACUACUUGGCCCACGAGGAGCUUUUGAUUGCUGUGGAAAUGUUGUCUGCUGUUGCUUUACUAAACCAGGCCUUGGAAAGCAACGAUCUUGUGUCUGUGCAGAAUCAACUCAGAAGCCCCACAAUAGGCUUAAACAAUCUGGACAAGGCAUAUGUGGAACGUUAUGCAAACACACUACUCUCUGUUAAACUAGAAGUUUUAUCCCAAGGGCAAGAUAACUUAAGCUGGAAUGAAAUUCAGAAUUGUAUUGAUAUGGUUAAUGCUCAAAUUCAAGAAGAAAAUGACCGAAUUGUAGCUGUAGGGUACAUCAAUGAAGCUAUUGAUGAAGGGAAUCCUUCAAGGACUUUAGAAACUUUGCUGUUACCUACUGCAAAUAUUAGUGAUGUGGACCCAGCCCAUGCCCAGCACUACCAGGAUGUUUUAUACCAUGCUAAAUCACAGAAACUCGGGGACUCUGAGAGUGUUUCCAAAGUGCUUUGGCUGGAUGAGAUACAGCAAGCCGUCGACGAGGCCAACAUGGAUGAGGACAGAGCGGAACAAUGGGUUACUCUGGUGGUUGAUGUUAAUCAGUGUUUGGAAGGAAAAAACUCAAGUGAUAUUUUGUCUGCAUUGAAGUCUUCCACUUGCAAUGCAAAUGACAUAAUCCCGGAAUGUGCUGACAGAUACUAUGAUGCCCUUGCAAAGGCAAAAGAGCUCAAAUCUGAAACAGUGUCUAGUGAAGGUUCAUGGCUCAAACUCAACCUGCACGAAAAAUAUGACUACUAUUACAACAUCGAUUCAAAAGAGAGCUCCUGGGUCACGCCCGAAUCAUGCUUGUAUAAAGAAUCAUGGCUCAUGGGAAAAGAAAUUGAGGACAUUAUUGAGGAAGUCACAGUAGGUUACAUUCGUGAAAAUAUAUGGUCUGCUUCAGAAGAGUUGCUUCUUCGCUUUCAAGCCACAAGCUCAGGACCCAUCCUUAGGAAAGAGUUUGAAGCUAGAAAAUCAUUUUUGCAUGAACAAGAAGAGAAUGUGGUCAAAAUACAGGCUUUCUGGAAAGGAUAUAAACAACAGAAGCAGUAUAUGCACAGGCGGCAAAUGUUCAUUGAUAAUACUAAUUCUAUUGUGAAGAUUCAGUCCUGGUUCCGAAUGGCAACCGCAAGAAAGAGCUACCUUUCAAGACUACAGUAUUUCAGAGAUCAUAAAAAUGAAAUUGUGAAAAUACAGUCACUGUUGAGAGCAAACAAAGCUAGAGAUGACUACAAAACAUUGGUUGGCUCCGAAAACCCACCAUUAACAGUAAUUCGCAAAUUUGUAUACCUAUUGGACCAAAGUGAUUUGGAUUUCCAGGAGGAACUAGAAGUUGCACGAUUAAGGGAAGAAGUAGUGACCAAGAUCAGGGCCAAUCAACAGCUAGAAAAAGACCUGAACCUGAUGGACAUCAAGAUUGGACUCCUGGUAAAAAACAGGAUCACACUAGAGGAUGUAAUUUCACACAGUAAAAAGCUGAAUAAGAAAAAAGGAGGAGAAAUGGAAAUAUUGAAUAACACUGACAACCAGGGAAUAAAAAGUUUAAGUAAGGAGAGGAGAAAAACACUAGAAACGUAUCAGCAGCUGUUCUAUCUUUUACAGACCAACCCUUUAUACUUGGCUAAGCUGAUUUUCCAGAUGCCACAGAACAAGUCCACUAAAUUUAUGGAUACUGUUAUUUUCACACUAUAUAAUUAUGCCUCUAAUCAGCGAGAAGAAUAUCUACUUCUCAAGCUUUUUAAAACUGCUCUGGAGGAAGAAAUAAAAUCAAAAGUGGACCAGGUCCAGGACAUAGUUACUGGUAACCCUACAGUCAUCAAGAUGGUUGUCAGCUUCAACAGAGGUGCCCGAGGACAGAACACCCUGCGCCAACUCCUGGCUCCAGUGGUGAAAGAGAUCAUCGACGACAAGUCGCUGACUAUCAACACAAACCCUGUAGAGGUAUACAAGGCUUGGGUGAACCAACUAGAAACACAGACCGGAGAAGCCAGCAAGUUGCCUUACGAUGUGACCACAGAACAAGCUCUAACAUACCCAGAAGUGAAAAGUAAACUGGAGGCUUCCAUUGAGAACCUGAGAAGGGUCACCGACAAAGUCCUGAAUUCUAUCAUUUCUUCCCUUGAUCUACUGCCUUAUGGAUUGAGGUAUAUAGCCAAAGUACUGAAGAAUUCGAUCCAUGAGAAAUUCCCCGAUGCAACAGAAGAUGAGCUAUUAAAGAUUGUUGGAAACCUCCUGUACUAUCGGUACAUGAAUCCAGCCAUUGUAGCUCCAGAUGGCUUUGAUAUCAUCGACAUGACAGCUGGAGGUCAGAUAAAUUCCGACCAAAGGAGAAACUUAGGAUCAGUGGCCAAGGUUCUUCAGCACGCAGCCUCCAACAAGCUGUUUGAAGGAGAAAAUGAACAUCUCUCAUCUAUGAACAAUUAUUUAUCAGAGACCUAUCAGGAAUUCAGGAAAUAUUUCAAAGAAGCAUGUAAUGUCCCUGAGCCAGAAGAGAAGUUUAAUAUGGACAAAUACACAGACCUGGUGACAGUCAGCAAACCGGUCAUUUAUAUUUCAAUUGAAGAAAUCAUCAGCACACACUCACUCCUGUUGGAACACCAGGAUGCAAUUGCCCCUGAAAAAAAUGACUUACUGAGUGAAUUGCUGGGGUCUCUGGGAGAGGUGCCGACUGUGGAAUCUUUUCUUGGGGAAGGAGCAGUUGACCCCAAUGACCCUAACAAGGCAAAUACAUUAAGUCAGCUCUCAAAGACCGAGAUUUCUCUUGUCUUGACAAGCAAAUAUGACAUAGAGGACGGUGAGGCUAUAGAUAGCCGAAGCCUCAUGAUAAAGACCAAAAAGCUGAUAAUUGAUGUGAUCCGGAACCAGCCUGGGAACACACUGGCAGAAAUCUUAGAGACACCAGCAACUGCGCAACAGGAGGUAGAUCAUGCCUCGGACAUGGUGAGCCGCACAAGGAUAGAUUCCAGAACUCCAGAAGAAAUGAAACAUAGCCAGUCUAUGAUUGAAGAUGCACAGCUGCCUCUUGAGCAGAAGAAGAGGAAAAUCCAGAGGAAUCUUCGGACAUUGGAACAGACUGGACAUGUGUCAUCCAAAAAUAAAUACCAAAACAUUCUCAAUGAGAUUGCCAAGGAUAUUCGAAAUCAAAGAAUCUAUCGUAAGCUUCGAAAAGCUGAAUUGGCAAAACUUCAGCAGACCCUGAAUGCACUGAACAAGAAGGCAGCAUUUUAUGAAGAGCAAAUCAAUUAUUAUGACACCUACAUAAAGACUUGUUUAGACAACUUAAAGAGAAAAAAUGCUCGGAGAUCAAUUAAACUAGAUGGAAAAGGAGAACCCAAAGGGGCGAAGAGAGCGAAGCCAGUGAAGUACACUGCAGCAAAACUACAUGAAAAGGGUGUCCUGCUAGGGAUAGAUGAUCUUCAAACAAACCAGUUUAAGAAUGUUACAUUUGAUAUUAUAGCUACUGAAGAUGUAGGCAUUUUCGACGUAAGGUCAAAAUUCCUUGGUGUUGAGAUGGAAAAGGUGCAACUCAAUAUUCAGGAUUUACUUCAGAUGCAGUAUGAAGGAGUAGCUGUAAUGAAAAUGUUUGAUAAGGUUAAAGUGAAUGUAAACCUUCUCAUAUACCUGCUGAACAAGAAAUUCUACGGAAAGUAAAGUGCCUGCAGAAAUGUCAUGGAUUCUAUAUCAUCUGGAUUAGGAAAUGAAUUUGUUUAAUAUUUUUGUUUUAAAACAUGAUUGAAAUCACCACUUAUUAUAAAUGUGUGAUUUUUUAAAAUGGUCAAAACUGUUCUGAAGAAUGUACCCAUGUGCCUUUUUGAUAAUUUGAUACUAUUAUAGAUUCAUACAUAAAAUGAAUUAAUGUAAACACAUCCACACUGUACUGUGGUAUAGGUACUCUGAUUUAAAACUUUGGACAUCCUGUGAUCUGUUUUAAAGUUGGCCGGGUGGUGGUGGGGAUUUAGCUGACUAGGGACAAACAUGUAAACCUAUUUUCCUAUGAAAAAUUUUAAAUGUCCCACUUAAAUAAUGUAAUUCUUCAUAGAUUUUUUUUGAUCUGUGGAUAAAUGGAAACCUAAUUAUUUGUAAUGAAUUAUUUAGACAGAUAGUUCUAAGCCCUGUCUUCUGGGAGUUAUCAAUUUUAAGGAGAACUUUUGUGCAAUUCAAAAUGAAUAUUUUAUAAGUAAUUGAAAAUGACAACACAAUAACACUUUCUGUAUAAAAGUAUAUAUUUUGUGUGAUUUAUUCCUACUAAAUAAAAGUGCACUACUGCCUCAUGUAAAGACUCUUGCACGCGGAGCCUUUAAGUGACUAAGGAGCAACACGGAUAGUGAGCAUAGUCCCCGCCUCCACCCCUCACAAUUUAUUUGAAUACUUCAAUUGUGCCUCUCAAUUUUUUGUAAUGCUAAAAAAUCAGUAUCUAGCUGGUUUUUAAAUGUAUUCUCUGGAAAUUGUUUUAUGUAAAAUAAAUGUUACUUAAUUACAUUAA